AUCUCGUUUUCACAGUGAAAUCCAAUCUGUUUCUUCGAUCUGGUCGCCAUGGCGAUCGCCAAGUCUCCGCGUCUCGCCGCCGCCGCCGCUGCGGUUCUUGCCCUAGUCUCGAUCGCAGUUGCAGAGGUCUACUUCGAGGAGAAGUUCGAUGAUGGUUGGGAGAGCAGGUGGGUAAAAUCCGACUGGAAGAAGGAUGAGAACAUGGCGGGUGAGUGGAACCAUACAUCUGGGAAAUGGAAUGGGAACCCGGAAGAUAAAGGCAUCCAAACCAGUGAAGAUUAUAGGUUCUAUGCUAUCUCUGCACAGUUCCCUGAGUUCAGCAACAAAGAUAAGACAUUGGUAUUCCAAUUUUUAGUGAAACACGAACAAAAACUAGAUUGUGGUGGAGGCUACAUGAAGCUACUUAGUGGUGAUGUGGAUCAAAAGAAGUUUGGUGGGGAUACCCCUUACAGUAUAAUGUUUGGACCAGACAUCUGUGGAUACAGUACCAAGAAGGUCCAUGCUAUUCUUUCUCGUGAUGGGAAGAAUCAUUUGAUUAAGAAGGAUGUUCCAUGUGAGACUGACCAGCUGAGUCACGUAUACACUUUCAUUCUCCGUCCGGAUGCUACAUACAGCAUUCUUAUUGACAAUGUUGAGAAGCAAUCUGGAAGCGUCUAUGAUGAGUGGGAUAUUCUUCCACCUAAGAAAAUUAAGGAUCCCGAAGCCAAGAAACCUGAAGACUGGGAUGACAAGGAGUGGAUUCCUGAUCCAGAGGAUAAGAAACCUGAGGGGUACGAUGACAUUCCUAAGGAGAUUACUGACCCUGAAGCCAAAAAGCCGGAAGAUUGGGAUGAUGAGGAAGAUGGUGAAUGGACCGCCCCAACCAUUCCAAACCCUGAAUACAAGGGACCCUGGAAAGCAAAGAGAAUUAAGAACCCCAACUACAAGGGAAAAUGGAAGGCACCAAUGAUUGACAACCCAGAUUUCAAGGAUGAUCCUUACAUCUACGCUUAUGACCAUCUGAAAUAUGUUGGCAUUGAGCUAUGGCAGGUGAAAUCAGGAACCUUGUUUGACAAUGUUUUGAUUUGUGAUGACCCCGAAUAUGCAAAGAAGUUUGCUGAAGAAACAUGGGGAAAGCAAAAGGAUGCUGAGAAGGCAGCAUUUGAGGAAGCUGAGAAAAAGGCAGAACCAGAGGAAAAGGAUGAGGAUGAUUCAGACAUCGACCAAGAUGAGGAUGACAACGCCGAGGAUGAUGCUGGAGCCGGAGCUGAAUCCGAAGUGGACGAGAAGGCAGAUGAUAGCGAUGAUGAAGACCGACAUGACGAGCUUUAGAGAGAGGACAAACAAGGAGCAUGGCGGUUAUUUUUCUUUAGAGGAGAUAUAUUUAUUUGGGAUUUAUCACAAUAUUUUCCAGUGUCUUUGAUGUUCCUGAGGGUGAAGGAAAAAAAUGAACAGUUAUACUAGUAUUUAGUUUUGCCUGUGCUCGUCUCUAAUUAGAGCCUGGACCACCUUAAUUUUAGUGUUUUUAGGAGAAAGCAUUUGUACCGGUUGUUGUGCCUGUUUAGCUUUUAGACCGGACUGUCUUCUCCUUUACUAAUGCGAGUAUAAUUUCAGUGAGGAAAUAAUGAAAGCUUUCCUUCUCUCGUGGGAGUUCAAA